AAAGGAAUAAAACAAACAGAAGACGCUAUUUUCCAUUGGUUCAUAUCCCAAAUUCCCAAAAGCUAAACGCCAACAAAACACAACCCAUAUCCAACUUAUGAAUCAAUCCCUUCAAUCCACUCCCACACGGCUUCCUGUUGACCAAUAACAAAUUCCCAACUCUAUUUUGUCCUAAAACAUGGGCACUCCCAUCCUCGACGCAUUCAACGUCCGCGUCGAAGGCUCCGGCGACAAAUACCUCGUCUUUGCCCACGGCUUCGGCACCGACCAAUCAGCAUGGCAGCGCGUACUUCCUUACUUCACCCGCAGCUACAAAGUCAUCCUCUACGACCUCGUCUGCGCCGGUAGCGUCAACCCCGAUCAUUUCGAUUUCCGCCGUUACACCACUCUUGACGCCUACGUUGACGACCUCCUUAACAUCCUCGACUCCCUCCAUGUCACUCGCUGUGCUUACGUCGGUCACUCCAUCUCCGCCAUGACCGGAAUGUUAGCUUCCAUUCGCCGCCCCGAACUCUUCUCCAAACUCAUCCUUAUCGGUGCCUCCCCAAGAUUUUUGAAUGAUGGAGAAAAUUACCAUGGUGGAUUUGAGCAAGGGGAAAUUGAGCACGUGUUUUCUGCUAUGGAAGCAAACUACGAAGCUUGGGUGAACGGUUUCGCGCCGCUGGCGGUUGGGGCGGAUGUUCCGACAGCCGUUAGAGAAUUUUCUAGAACACUUUUUAACAUGAGACCUGACAUAUCACUAUUCGUUUCAAGGACGGUUUUCAACAGUGAUCUAAGAGGGAUUUUAGGGUUGGUUAAUGUACCGUGUUGUAUCAUGCAAACGGCGAGGGACAUGUCGGUGCCGGCAUCGGUAGCGACAUACAUGAAGGAGCAUAUCGGCGGGAAGAGUACGGUGCAGUGGCUUGACACGGAGGGGCAUCUUCCUCAUUUGAGUGCUCCAUCAUACUUGGCUCAUCAAUUAGAGAUUGCACUUUCGCAGUAGCGCGUGGGGUUUAAGCUUUUAAUUUGUCGCGUGGGUUUGGUUGUUAAAUAUGAGAUGUUGACUAAUGAGUACUUGUUUAAGCUCUAGAAGACAUGUACUACUGAAAGCUCCGAGUGGACACGUGUCGAGUAAUGUGUGAGUUUGGCUUCAUAGACUUUAUGAUAUUUUUUGUUUUGGAUAAGAAUUUGCAUGUGAUGUCACGUGAUGUGUGGCUAUUUUUAGGUUCUUUCUCUUUUAAUUUGUAAUAUGUAAAAGGAAAUAAAGAAGAAAAUGAGAAAAUGAAAUGUUUUAUUUCUUUUAUA